UAUAACCGUCAUGUGACUUUUGCGUAAACAGGAAGCAGCUGAUCUUCACUUGACUAGCUGUUUUUAUUUAGUAAUGUUCGCUGCCGUAGACUCGGAAAACAAGUGCUUGCGCAUACUGAACUCAGUUUGAGAGGAAGAAGAGAGCAGCUGCAGAGAAACAUUCUUCAUCGUGUGCGCGCAGGGUGAUGUCAAGCACAGCCAUGAAGAAAAAGGUGUUACUGAUGGGCAAAAGUGGGUCUGGAAAGACCAGUAUGAGAUCCAUUAUAUUCGCUAACUACAUCGCUCGGGACACAAGACGCCUUGGAGCUACAAUUGAUGUGGAGCACUCACACGUACGAUUCCUUGGCAAUCUGGUUCUCAACUUGUGGGACUGUGGAGGCCAGGACACGUUCAUGGAGAACUAUUUCACCAGCCAGAGGGACAACAUCUUCAGAAACGUGGAGGUGCUCAUUUAUGUCUUCGAUGUGGAGAGCCGCGAGUUGGAGAAAGACAUGCACUACUACCAGUCGUGCCUGGAAGCCAUUCUGCAGAACUCCCCUGAUGCCAAAGUCUUUUGCCUCGUGCACAAGAUGGAUCUGGUGCAGGAGGACCAGAGAGAUUUGAUCUUUAAGGAGCGCGAGGAAGACCUGAAGAGACUGUCCAGACCGUUGGCCUGCACCUGCUUCAGGACAUCCAUCUGGGAUGAGACCUUAUACAAGGCCUGGUCCAGCAUCGUUUACCAGCUGAUCCCGAAUGUCCAGCAGCUGGAGACGAACCUGAGAAACUUUGCUCAGAUCAUAGAGGCGGACGAGGUCCUCCUGUUUGAAAGAGCCACCUUCCUGGUGAUCUCACACUAUCAGUGCAAAGAGCAACGAGACGCUCACAGGUUUGAGAAGAUCAGCAACAUUAUCAAACAGUUCAAGCUCAGCUGUAGCAAACUGGCCGCCUCAUUCCAGAGCAUGGAAGUGAGGAACACCAACUUUGCAGCCUUUAUUGACGUCUUCACCUCCAACACAUAUGUCAUGGUCAUCAUGUCUGACCCCUCAAUUCCAUCUGCAGCCACUCUCAUUAACAUCCGUAAUGCUAGGAAACACUUUGAGAAGUUGGAGCGGGUGGACGGACCCAAACACAGCCUGCACAUGAGGAUGCGCUAGCUGGAAUGGUCCGGCUCUGAUGGAAACUCUCAACCAAUCAGUUCACCGGUCCACACGGCUCCCGGCUCCUUACCACUCUUCUCCCACUGUUUACCCUCAUAGUCAAUCACAUAUUCCUGUCGGUUUGAUUUCUACACGGAUCAAAAAUAUGUGGAUGGUGAUUUGUUGUAAUACCUGUCCUGCUGCGUUUGUAUAAUAAAUACAAAUGAAGAUUUGUUUGCUAUCA